GCAAGGGAAAGGAAACACAAUUCUGGACCAUCACUUGCUUUACUGAAUGCAGAAAUUCUUUAGAGUGGUUGAAUAAGGAAAAAUGGCCAAACGUACCUUCUCCGUAUUAGAGACAUUCCUGAUUUUCCUCCUUGUAAUGAUGACCGCAAUCACAGUGGCCCUUCUCACCCUCCUGUUUAUCACCAGUGGGACCAUUGAAAAUCACAAAGAUUCAGGUUUUCCAGCCACUGAGAGCCCUCAGGCCACCCGGAGCACACCAGCUAUCCAGGACUCCACAGUCCCUCAAGUCUCAACACUCACACAAACCCCGACAGCCACCCAGGGGUCCCCAGUGACUACUACCCCAGAGCCUCCUCUAUUUCAGAACUUCAGUGGCUACCAUAUUGGUGUUGGGCGAGCUGACUGCACAGGACAAGUAGCAGAUAUCAAUAUGAUGGGCUACGGCAAGAGUGGCCAGAAUGCACGGGGCCUCCUCACCAGGUUGUACAGCCGUGCUUUCGUCAUGGCGGAACCCGACGGGUCAAAUCGAAUGGUGUUUGUCAGCAUCGACAUAGGCAUGGUGUCCCAACGCAUGAGGCUGGAGGUCUUGAACAGACUGCAGCAGAAAUAUGGCUCCUUGUACAGAAGAGACAACGUUAUCCUGAGUGGCACUCACACACACUCGGCUCCAGCAGGGUAUUUCCAGUACACCGUGUUCGUGAUCGCCAGUGAAGGAUUUAGCAACCGAACUUUUGAGUACAUGGUGACUGGCAUCAUGCAGAGCAUUGAGAUGGCACACACAAAUAUGAAACCAGGCAAAAUCUUUAUCAAUAAGGGAAACGUGGACGGUGUACAGAUCAACCGAAGCCCUCAUUCUUACCUUCAGAACCCACCAUCAGAGCGAGCAAGAUAUUCUUCAAAUACGGACAAGGAAAUGGUAGUCUUGAAAAUGGUAGAUUUGAAUGGAGAUGAUCUGGGCCUUAUCAGCUGGUUUGCCAUCCACCCAGUCAGCAUGAACAACACCAACCACCUUGUGAACAGCGACAACAUGGGCUAUGCAUCUUACCUUUUCGAGCAAGAUAAGAACACAGGAUACCUACCUGGACAGGGACCGUUUGUAGCAGCUUUUGCUUCAUCAAAUCUAGGAGAUGUGUCCCCCAAUAUUCUCGGCCCCCACUGUGUCAACACGGGAGAGUCCUGUGAAAACAUCAACAGCACUUGUCCCAUCGGUGGGCCUACCAUGUGCAUGGCUACAGGGCCUGGGCAGGAUAUGCUUGACAGCACGCAGAUCAUAGGACGGACCCUGUACCAGAAAGCAAAGGAGCUGUAUGCCCUGGCCUCCCAGGAGUUAACUGGACCAGUGAUUUCAGCUCACCAGUGGGUGAACAUGACGGAUGUUACGGUCUUGCUCAAUUCCACACAUGCAGUAAAAACAUGUAAACCAGCACUGGGCUACAGUUUCGCAGCUGGCACCAUUGAUGGAGUUGGGACCUUCAAUUUUACGCAGGGGACAACGGUAACGGAUCCGUUCUGGGAAACUAUUCGUGAUCAGAUCUUGGGGAAGCCAUCUGACGAAAUCAAAGAGUGUCACAAGCCAAAGCCAGUCCUUGUUCACACUGGAGAGCUGUCAAAACCUCACCCCUGGCACCCAGAUAUUGUUGAUGUUCAGAUUAUUACUCUUGGGUCCUUGGCCAUAACUGCCAUCCCUGGGGAGUUUACGACCAUGUCUGGGCGAAGAUUUCGAGAGGCAAUUAAAGCAGAGUUUGCAACUUAUGGGAUGCAGAAUAUGACUGUGGUUAUUUCGGGUCUAAGCAACGUAUACACACAUUACAUUACCACCUAUGAAGAAUACCAGGUUCAGCGGUAUGAGGCGGCAUCCACAAUUUAUGGACCACACACUCUGUCUGCUUACAUCCAGCUCUUCAGAGUCCUUGCUAAGGCCAUUGCUACGGACACAGUAGCCAAUCUGAGCAGAGGUCCAGAGCCUCCAUUUUUCAAACAACUGAUAAUUCCAUUAAUUCCUAAUAUUGCGGACAAAGCACCAAUAAGCAAGAAUUUUGGAGAUGUCCUGCAGCCAUUGAAUCCUAAGUACAGAGUGGGAGAUGUUGCUGAAGUUACAUUUGUAGGCGCUAACCCAAAGAACUCAGCAGAAAACCGGACCCAUCAGACUUUCCUCACUGUGGAGAAAUAUGAGAAUUCUUCAAUGGGAUGGCAGGUGGUACAUAAUGAUGCCUCCUGGGAGACUCGUUUCUAUUGGCACAAGGGAUUACUGGGUCAUAGCAAUGCAACGAUACAAUGGCAUAUUCCAGACACUGCCCAGCCUGGAAUCUACAGAAUAAGAUACUUUGGACACAUUCGGAAGCAGGAGUUUCUCAAGCCCGCUGUCAUACUUUCAUUUGAAAGCACUUCCUCUGCUUUUGAAGUUGCAACUACUUAGUGAAAAGUUGUCACAGCAUUUAAAGGACAGCAUUUGCUCUGUAUAAAUUACAUAACUGAUUUCACAUGAGUGUAAGCCAGUAAGAUGACUGUAUAAUUUCCCCAGUUUAAAGUUUACUGCUAAUGGGACACAGGUGUGUUGUGGGUGUGUGCAUGUGUGUGUGUGUGGGUGUAUGCAUGUGUGUGAUGGGCCUGUGUUCCAUUUACCUUGCUCUAGUAGUUUUGUACCUCAUGGUCUACAGCAUGAUUUCCCUUAGGAACUUGUGACUGUUCCCCCAACAUAAAAGCAAUAGUUCCCCCAACAUAAAACCUCGGAAAUGUUAGUAAGAGUGGUUGAAGAUGUGUGAACAAACUUUAGACUAUUUAUUUAUAGAAUUAUUGAAUGUUAGCACUGGAAAUGUUUAAAGAGAUCAUUUAGUUUGGGCCUUCAUUUUGCAGGUGGGAAAAUGAAAUUUUAUAAAUUUAAGAUUAGCAUGAAGCUAUCGGACAUUUCCCCCAGCCACAUUAAAAAAUAUCAUAUGAACAAUGACCACAAAUAUAUAAGCCCAGUUAGAGAACAAACGUAGCAUGAAAAUUAGCAUGCCAGUUUUUCUAUAUUGAGCAUAGCCACUCAAAGCAGUCACUCUGUGGCUCAUAUGCCCAAUCCAGGUUUGUUGUUGAUGCUCAGAUCAUUUCUGGAAUUGCCUUCGAGCCCACUGACAGAAAGUGAGAUGUGAUAUUUUGAUCAUGCCUUGUGUUUCCCUAAGUGCCCUUAUCCCACUAAAUUGUGUCUCUUACAAGACUUCUUCUCAGUGAAUUUGACUACUUUCACUAAUCAAAUUGACCACAAAUCGUUGCUAUUAGUGUAGAUCUUAAAAAAGUGAUAUUGACUUGGAAGGGAGUCCUCAAAGGGGAGGCUCUAAAUUUACUUUAUUUGUUCUUUAAUCAUUCACUCACUCACUCAUGGACCCAUUCAAUAAUAAAAUAUUCAAGGCUUAUGCUCAUACUCAGCAUUGUACAAAUGUGUGGUACAGUGAUAGUGAGCUCAGUUAGUGAGAUCAUAUUUGGGAUGCAUGUAUAAGUGUCAAAGGUGACUGUUUUUUUUUGAAGGAGAAAAUAAUCAAUUCAAUACACAAAUUCUGGGUAGGUAUUUAAAAACCAGUGAUCUUCAAGUCACUUCUCAUAUAUCUUCUGUGUUUCUGUGUUGGGUACUCUAAUUUUGGAGGAAAGAGACUUCAGACAAUUUGGAAAAAGCUAUUUUGAAGUUAUUUUGGGGCAUUAAGACAUACUCAACCUAAUGUCCCAAAGAAUGAGAUAUGACAAUAUGAUAUUGAUUGCCUGGCAGUAUUAAUUGCAUUUAAAGUUAUCCAAGUUAACUAGGAGCUCGCAGCCUGUAAAAUAAACUUCCAAAAACCAAGUCAUGCUUUUGCAUGUGUGUAAAACAUUCAGCAAUUUAGGGAAAAAUCAACCUUUAUUUCAAAAGCAAACUUAUUUUUAAAGUUUGAAAUAGUAAUGGUAUUACAAUGAUAAUAUUAACAUCCAUGUAUGUAAGAUUUGAACAUGCACUGGUAUGAACCUGGAACACUUUUUGAUGAGUCAGCACUCUGCAUUACAGGUACCACAGUGAUUUGCUGGAGCAUGAAAGGACACCAUAAAGCGGCUGAUCUGAUCUGUUAAUGUCAAAACACAGAUUCAGUCUGUGUCUGUGGCUCUUUGGAGCCAAACCAUGUGGAGAAAUCCCCUGAACCUGAUGGAGAAUGUGGAAACUGAGGGAGAGGUUAGAUUGGAGGAAGAAUUCUUUUGGAGAUUUUGAUUCUGGUGUCAAAGUGUCUGUGUUUUAUUUGUUGUACUCCAUUCACUCUAGUUUUAAGGAUGCUGUGACUUUGAAAAGUACUGUAUGAUCCCUCUAUAUUUUUCAAUGAGUACUAUAUAAAUUGUCAAUAUUGAACAGAAUGUUUAA